AUGUCGAAAAACCGCUCGCUUCCACCUGCGCUUAAGCAGCUGCUGCAGCAGCCGACGUUUCCAGCUCGAGCAUCGAGGCUCUCAGCAUCGACGCAGCUUCCAGCUGGACGUUCUGCCAACCCCUCCCCCACGCCCAAGCUCGCCAGCGUCAGCCAGCACUUUCAGAGUCUGCAGGCAGAGGCCACGCAGAAGGGCAUCGGAUGGGGCGAGUGGAUCUCGAUCGCAACGGCCACGCUGUUCACGCUCAAUAACCCGGGGAGCUUGCAGGCGCUGCACCGCUUCGCCACCGGGCCCAAGACGGCGGAUCUCGAACACAGAACCAACGUUGCUCUCUUGAUGCGCGAAACAGGCCUCAAGUGUAUUGGCUUCAUCGGCAUCCCCAAAGUGAUCAACAACCUCGCAGCACUGCGAAAAGCGGUGGAAGAGGACUCACAGCUAGUGCAGGCGCUGCCGACACAACCAAGGAGACAGAUUGGCAAAGACCGCGUCGAGGGUGUUCACAAAGCGGCGUACGGACUCUGGGACGACAUUUACACUCCACACUCGGAGAAGCUCCUCAAGAUCCUCGGCACUUCGCAUCCGGAUCUGCCCGUCUUCAUCGUCGAGUCGGAGUACGGUCCGCUGUUCUCUUCGCCCGCUUCGUUUGCGCUGCCUUCCGACCCGGACUCUGUGAAAACGGAACCGAGUUGGGACGUCAAUCGUCUUCGCACGUCGCUGGUCGCCAUUUCGGCACUGAGAGCUCAAGGUGGCGUAGGUCCUCAAGUGACGAGUCACGUCUGGGGGCUCAUGAAGGCUAAGGACUCGAUCAAGCCGGAGGAUGCCAGCAAGCAGGGACUCGAGUGGUUGACCACGGAAGAAGGCGCGCUGUGGGUGGUGCGCACCGUUGACAGCAUCUGCCAAGCCGUCGAAGGAGCAGAGGAGUUUGAAGGACAAGGCAAGGAAAGCAAGCUCUGA